CUCGUGGGACAGACAGCGUCGGGCACAUCUGGCUCAAACGCGGGCCGUAAUACGAUUAUCCGCAGUGCCGUUUCCUGCUCUUCGUUGUCAGCACUGCCCACACGCAACAUCAUGCAGCUGGCUUUUGCGUAGCGGUAGCGGUGGAGCUGAGCUUGGAGAUCUGACUGCGCGUACUUUGAAGGCAGUGAGACUGCGCUGGCUUCUCCUCCCUGUACACACUCCUGACAGUGGCACAGGCUGCCGCAGCUCAUAUUCGGCGUAGAGGUGCACAGUUAUUUUUUUGCUAUAUGGUAAGGACCUCUUUCUCGGAUACAGAAAACGACGUCUCAUAACGCUGCCUGGCGUGGAUUUCCCGAAUUAAUGGUCGUGAGUCAACGCGCGUGAUUUGGCGAGGUCGAGUCGGCGGCAUCUGCAGUGUGGCCAUCGAGGGGGGAGAAAAUCUUAGCUGGUCGCCGUCAUCCCUUGAUCUCGUUUGCCUGCACCAUCUCUGGCUGUGAAUGGGCUGCACUUUGUGAUUAUCUGCAGUCAUUUAGUGUCAAUCGUGGAAGAAGAUGGCGGACAGGGCUGAGAUGUUUUCGCUCUCCACCUUCCAUUCCCUCUCUCCCCCCGGCUGCAGGCCAGCCCAUGACAUCAGUCUAGAGGAGUUUGAUGAUGAGGAUCUGUCGGAGAUCACGGAUGACUGCGGGAUUGGGCUGAACUACGACUCCGACCCGUACGAGAAGGAUUGCCUCAUCCUGGAGAAAAAUGACGUCCAUCACCCUGUCUGCUCCUUCCAAGAUGACUUCCAGGAGUUUGAGAUGAUCGACGAUGACGAUGAGGACGACAAUGAAGAGGAUGAUGUGGAGGACGCAGAGUCCCCUCCCUCUACCUCCGUCUCGCCGUCUUCAUCUCCAGCGUUGGGCACUCUGCAGAAGAGCCGGCCGACCACCCUGAACCUAACUGCCGCCGUCUCCCAGGACUCCUUGAACAACAACAGCAGUUUAUCUCCCCGCAAGGCCAGCUGGCAGGAUUCUGUACGCAACCCCGCCCCUCAAGGACGAUUGUCCCCAGCCCAUUCUUGCCUUGAAGAUGCUGACCACACCAAUGGCCAAUGUGCUACUGCUCCAGCCCCCGAGUCCCAAAGCAAAGGUACUCCCCCAAAACAGCCCGGGGACCCCGGUCACACUCGGUCACCCCUCAAACCCCUCCUGUACGACCUUGAGGGCAACAGACGGGAAAAGCCAGAAUACGGGUCUUUUGGUCAACACAAAGCCUCCAGCGGGCCAGAUCCUGGUGCAGAACCCCGCACUGACCGCAUCGGACCAACUGAAACCGUCUCGGCUGAAGAGGAAGCACAGGGCUCCGACACAGAGGUUGACCAUGACCUGAACAGUGACUCUGCUAAAAGGUGCCCCUCCGGACAGGCAAACGACACAUACACCGUCACCUCAGAAUCCACCGCCGACCCCGAACUUGACGACGGCACAAGCAACUGCCUCUCCACGGCUCCGGUGGGCGGGGACGGUGGCACCCCUCUGUCCGACGAGGAGGAGUUCGACCAAGAAUUUGACAUCAUGUGCAAAGAAGGCUACGACCCGCCCUGUAAAGGUGCUGAGGGUUUAUCCUAUGUGGAGUUCCCAUCCAUUGAGCCGUUUGAGCCUCCUUCCUUCUCCAGCUACGUGUCGUCCUCCAGCCGAUCGGACGCUGACUCAGGGGCUGCCCGCAGUGACAGUCAAGCAGGACUUCAAGACGCUGCAUCUGCUGCAUCCCACGACACAAACUCUCCUUCCUCCGACCCUGGCAUUGCAGACAUGAACAGGAAAGACCGUCGGGCGUACGCGGGGUCCGACCUGAACAGCGAUGACCUCAGCUCACCGGGUUCAGACUCGGACAUUGAGGGAGAGCUGGAGGCAGCCUUCGCCUGUGGCGGGCCCUUGGUCAGUCACAUGAUCUCAUCCAUCUCAGAGACAGAGCUGGACCUCACCAGCGAUGACAGCAGCAGUGGCCGCUCCUCUCACCUGACCAACUCCAUCGAGGAGGCUAGCUCCCCGACCUCUGACCAGGAGCCGGAGUUGGAGUUGGAGCUGGACAGUGGGAUAGUCGCUGUCAAGGCCGCCCUGCUUCUCGGCCAUUCGGACCCCGUCAAAGAAGCUGCUUCGCCCACAGCCCCUUCAGAACCAGAGGUCGUGCCACACUUUGAUGACGGCCAGGCUCGGCAUGGUCUGCAGGAUAUCGACGACAUCGCCCGUGAGCACGAGCAUGCUGUCGACCCAGACGAAACGCUGCCGCCCGCCGUCCACUGCGAGGAAGGCCUCUCCCGGCCGCUGGUCCUACAGAUUGAGCCUGACCACAGUCUCGAGAGCUUCAAGAGAUCUUUCUACCUGCCCGUGGGCCCCAAACUCAUGUCUACUGUCGAUGACAGCGAGUGCGACUCGGACUCCGAGUCAGAGGACGAACUUAGUGAGAACUCUGACUCCCCCUGGCUCCUCAGCAAUCUGGUUAACAAGAUGAUCUCAGAGGGCUCAUACCCAAUCAGCUGCCCAGAGGACUGCUUCAAAAGGUCUCACUCCAUCGCUGACACUAUUUCCCCAUCAUCGGACCUGGAGACGGACGACUUUAAUGAGUCCUUGGAGACUCACUCAGAGAGAGUGAAAGGUGACGCAGCAGAGGGCACUGUCCAGGUCGAAAGCUCAGAAGAGACUCACGAUCCAGGUGUGAGAACGAGUGCAGACGGCAUGGAGGCCCCCGCUGCCACAGACAGUAGGAUGACCUCUGGCUCAGAAGCAGACAUACUAGAAAUUAACCCCAGAAUAAGCCCCCGUCUGUACCUCAGUAACCCCACCAAUGACUCAAUCAGCCCAGCCUUCAUGGAUCGAUACAACCCCAGGAUAGUGAACCAAGUAACCUCUGAAGUGGACUCAAGCCAAACUCGUGUCACAGAAUCGAAAAACCUGCGGCAGGAAGAGGCGGAGCCUAACAAUGAUCUCUCCAUGGAAAGGAGCAGAAUAGAGUCGCCGUGUCCCAGCGAGAGCGUCGCGAGCGACAAAGAUGACGGGCGCGAGCAGAAGGAGGAGGUGAGCCAGAUGGACCGCAUCAAGGAGAUCAAGAACAGCCUGACCCUGGACAUCCCCACCGCCCAGACCAACCGCUGCUUCAGCCUGACCUACUCCACCGAAAACGAGGAAGACUCCCUCUACCCCUUCGGCGAGGAAUACCUGGACAGCUGUCCUCCCGUCGACGAAAGCGUGGAGGAGCUCCCGCCCACCGACGCUCUGAGGGCCCGGCAGCUGGACGAGUCGCUGGCCUACGACUCGGUGAAGUACACCCUGGUGGUGGACGAGAACACCACGCUGGAGCUGGUGAGCCUGAAGCGCUGCACGUCCGUCCUGAGCGAGGACAGCGAGAUCUCCGCGGGUGACGAGGACAACCUGGACGACGAGUUCGGGCGGGAAGAGGAGAGGCCGGAGGAUGAGCUCCUCAGCUCCUCCGAAGACUCCUCUCCCGAGGCUGAUGCCCCCUUCUCCAAGAAGUUCCUCAAUGUUUUCGUCAACAGCGCCUCCCGUUCUUCCAGCACCGAGUCAUUCGGCCUUUUCUCCUGUACAAUCAACGGCGAGGAGAGAGAGCAGACGCACAGGGCCGUGUUCAGGUUCAUCCCGCGGCAUGCGGAUGAGCUGGAGCUGGACGUGGACGACCCGCUGUUCGUGGAGGAGGAGGAGGAUGACUACUGGUAUCGAGGCUACAACAUGCGCACGGGCGAGAGGGGCAUCUUCCCCGCGUACUACGCCCACGAGGUGGUGGGGCAGGUCAAGGAGCUUGCAGGAACGAAGAGGAACACGGCCUGGAUGGAGAGCUUCAACGCACAGUUCCUGGGCUCCGUGGAGGUGCCCUAUCACCAGGGCAAUGGCAUCCUGUGUGCAGCCAUGCAGAAGAUCGCAGUUGCCCGGAAACAGACGGUCCACCUGCGGCCCCCGGCGAUCUGUGAGCUGGAGAUCAGCAUGCAGGGGGUGAAGCUGGUCAUGAGCCUGGAUGACGAGUUCGGGUCGGUGGAUGAGUUCGACAGGUGCAGUCACUUCUUCCAGAUGAAGAACAUCUCCUUCUGCGGAUGCCACCCCAAGAACAACUGCUACUUCGGGUUCAUCACCAAGCACCCCAUGUUGAACCGCUUCGCCUGUCACGUGUUCGUGUCCCAGGAAUCCAUGCGUCGCGUGGCGGAGUGUGUGGGACGAGCAUUCCAGGAGUACUACCAGGAGCACCUGGAGUAUGCCUGCCCCACAGAAGACAUUUACCUGGAGUAGGAGAGAUCAGCCCUGCUGAAACAUCCACUACUGAUGCUGUGCGUUUUUCAAAGAGUCCACCAGGGGGCGCUGGGUAGCUGCAAUCUGAACUGAUGAUGUUUUUCCUCCGGAUCUUGAACCCCUCUGGCAGAAUUUGCUCUACUUCUUUUUUUCUACAACACAUCGUGAAACACAAGCAGGUUGAGGGACUGUUUCUCAAACGGACAAAUCUUGACAAAUUAUUAGAACAACUUCAGUUAAACAACUUCAAAAAAAUUCUAAAUUCAUGCAUGGCUUCAAUGGCAUAGCACACAAACAUGCAAGGUUAAAACAAGCAAAAACUAAAAAAGAAAACAUUAAACUGAACAAAAAGAUCUGUUGAAUAGUAUGGUUUAUGGGUUGGGAAUAUAUAUUUUUUUGUAUCUGUAGCAGACGAACAAAACUUCAGAGUCUGUACAUACGAAUGUGUAAAGGAAAUACUAAUUGGAUUUAUACUGACACUGAAAUUCAAGUGAAGUUUGUUGUGUGUGCAGAUAGUGGCUAGAUCAAAUGACCAGAGUGGAAACCAGAAAAUGUACGUCAAGUUUCUGAAUAAAAUAGUGUAAAUAUGUGCAGUUGCUUUAGGAAGUGGGUAGAAACACUAUUACUUUGUGGUUGGGCAGUGGUUAUAUGCUACACCUAUGUAAAUAUAUACUGUAUGUAUAGACAGUAGAACUAGGGGCUGCUCAUUACUGUGGACGUAGCAUACACCGUGAUCAUCACAGAUGAAAGACAGAGGUUGGUGUCAGUCGAGCUCUAUCUGCCCAAACCUGAGGGUGGAUGUCUGAAUUUACUGGAAUGUCCUCUCAGGACAUAGUGGUCGCAGUCCAAAAAAGGGGGCAAGGAAAGAGGCAGAGGUAUACUGAAUACAGCCAUUCAAGGGGACUAUUCUUGGGGAGAGCAACUACAUUGUGCUUUUCCUAAUGACCAUUCCUGUUGAUUCUAAUGAGGUUGUUAUCACGGGCAUGAUGGUAUACCACUCGGCUGCUGCUAAUUGUGAGAAUGUACAGAUGUGUCACGCAAAGCUACUGUACAUACACACCACCUGACUAAGCUAACAUAGUCCCCUGUUAACUGUGUGGGAGAACGUGGCAGAAGCUUUGACUUGAUUGCAUUGCAGAAUGAUACGCAACAGUUACAUUUUUAUUUAAAAAUAUGUAUCUUUUAUUGAACAAAAACAAUUGCUGGAGCAAUGUCCUACACACUAAGCCAUAACUUUACUGACUGUUGAACAGUGUUGCUGUAAGGUCACCUGUUUGUGGAUAAGUGGUCACUCUGAGAAGAACUGUGUGUGUGUGUGUGUGUGUGUCAGAGACAGAGACAGGGAGAGGCCAUUUAUCAUGUUGUGUCACAAUCACAAAUACAAUAUUGCUUCAUUGUGUCAGGCCUAUUUUCACGAAAUAUCUAGAGAAUAUUCUUUAAUAUGGACAAAUCAAUUCUGUUGCAGUGGAACAACAUUGAAUGAUGCCAUGUGAAAAUAUUCUGUUUGCUUUCUUAUCAUUUUGCCUAGCUAUCUGCUACUGGUACAAGCAAAAUUUAAUCGCUGAGCCUUCUUUCUAGGCGUUUAGCCUAUUCUCGUGAUAACCUGGGACACAAUGGAAAACCCAUCUGUGUGCCAAACACGACCCAAUGCCAGCACUAGCAGCUAUUACUGCUUAUGAUUGCAUAGGGAAAUGAUGGUGUCCAAAGCAGGAUCCCCGCCCGUCUCCUACGCUGACACCACGUGAUCGGUCUGUGCCCCUGGGAAAUAGCUGCUCCUGUGAAAACGGCUGUUUUAUACCAGAUAAAAGUGCGGUCCGUGGGCAUGUCCUUUCCUGCUCACUUUGGCCUUGGGUCAGGCCAGGCGAAGUGUGCCAUUUCCAGGAGGCAAGCAGGAGGUUAAUUUGGCAAAGAUGUGUCUUAUACCGUAGUCCAAGAAAAUACGCAAAUCUCCGUCUUGGUAAGCAGGGAACGCCUUCUCCGCGUGCAAUGUGCAGUCCUACAUUUGAGUUACAGUAAAUACUGUGCCUUUUUCUCUUAAAGUCGCUUCUUCUUAAAUCCACCACGACAGAAUAAAAGAGUAGGGGGUGGAAUAAGUAGAUUUAUUUGAAAAGCAGUUGCAGGUUCCCAUGUUGAAUUCAAUUUGUGUUCAAAAACCUAUGUGGGUUAGAAAACUAUUUAAGAAUGCGCUGAAUUCAAUCUUGUCAGUAAUAAUUUCUUCAUGAUAUUUGUUUUUUUUAAAUCGUUUUUUAUUAUUGUUUUAGAAUGUAGCAAACACCAAAACAUGACAUAAAAACGUUUUUUUAUUGAAGUAUAAGAAUGUUGAACGAUGGGCAAUACUGUGCUAAAUGGAUUUCACCGCUGUCUCAAUACUGAACGUACAGCACGUGAAAUGUCAUGUGAUCACACAAGAGCUAAACAAGAGAGGUAAACACUUAACAUUGAUGGAGAGUUGCCAUUGCUGCAUUUCCUAACAAUGGUCUCACACUGUGCAGUGAAUCCUUUUUAUUUCUUUGUUUCUUUCAAUAAACUCAUGGCAGCUUUUGCGUUUGGGUUGGUUUGAUGCGUGUUUGCCCUGUGAAAGAUCUCCACAUGUACUGUUUUUCAUUUGGAGAGUACUUAUACUUAUUGUUACUCAAUAGCCUUGUUAAAUACGUAUAGUUUGAGUUUGAGCAGAUGCGAGAAUCAGUGCUUUCUGUUACAACAAAGUCCAUAAAUAGAAAGAAGAUUUAAUUGAAAUGCAUAUCACAGUCUUGUAUCUGCAUAAUGUUUAUAUGUUUAAAUGGAAUGCAAUACUAUCCAGUGGAAGUUUUUGACAAGACUAUUAGAAAAAAGGAGUGUUUUGAAGCACAUAACUUAAUGUAUUGUGGACUAGAUAAUUGUAAAUCCAAUAGAAUGUCAACACUUACACUGUGUCAUUCAUAUUUAGCGUGCUAUGAAAACAAAUAUGUAAAAAACAGACAGAAAGGCCAGUUCUAUAAUCGGCCCAAAAGGCCACAGUGGGAAGAUUGUAAAAAAUGUAUUGUACAGGACAUUUUGUUUUCCUAUUUCUAGCCGAUUUUGUUUAUGCAGAUUUAUGUUGUCUUGUGUCUGUCUUUCACUCUGUGAAACAUAAAACUGUGUGAGCACCAUUUUCUAUAUGCCCAGUAAUUACUGCAAACAUGUCUUUUCCAGGCGAGUGACAUGACUGUAAUAUUCUCCAGGCAACAUUGCCAGCUCCUCUGCAGUAGACCCCCAUGUUAGAGCUCCAAUGCAGUAGACCCCUGUGUUAGAGCUGCAUAGAAAGCAAGGCCUACAGCGGGACUUGUACAGUCUACUUUCAUAAGGAGGCCUCUUGCGUCUCGUCAAUAGUGUAUAUUCCGUAUACAGCACUGUAUCCCUUAGCUUUGUGUCCUUGCAAGCACAAAGGUCCUCAGCAUUUUCCAAACUUUUAAACCCCUCCUCUCCUGUUAGACACACACCAGCUCCCAGAGUUCUCUUAACCUGUAUAAUCCAUAAUGGUGUAACUUAAAAACUGAAAUUCUUCACUGUAUAACAAAAAACACUUCAGUAUGUGAUGAUGAACUAUCUAUCUUGUAUCUUCAAAAAUAAGGACUUGUAAAAAAAAAAAAGAGAAAAAAAAGACAAAUUUAUUCACACUGCCUUGUCAUGGAUUUGGUCUUACAGUAUGAAUAAAAUAUAUGCUUGAC